UCCAUGCUUUGAUCUUUCCCACACACUUUGAUGACUCUUUCAGCUCGUUCCAUUAUCGUUAGAAUGUCAACGCUCGCCACACUCACCCCCGAGCUGCUCCUCCAAGUCUUUGCCGCCCUCGACCUACGCAGCCGGAUUCGUCUCAGCAGCACAUGCAGUCGCCUCCGCCACGUCGGAGUGAACCAAGUGGGUAUCUUCGAGAUCCUGUCCUUCACAUGGGCUAAGCAGCAUGUUGCCGACUCGGCCCUCCUCGUGGCGCAAACGUACGGUGGCAUGGUUCGUACGUUGAGGGUCAUACACCAGUCGCCGCCGUGCUUCUAUCCGGCCGGAGGAGAUGUGCACAAAUGUUAUCGUGGCAAGCCGGGGCCGGAGCUACCUGGGAUGUCUGCCAGUUCAAUGUCCCUUCUUCACGGCUGGGGAUCUGACGCUCCUCUACUGCCUCGCGUCGACAGUUUGGUCGUUGAGUUUCCUGGAAUUUAUCCGGAUGGAGAAGAAGGCCCCGACGCAGAGAUCAACUGUGAACUGCGCGAGUUGUAUUCGGAUUAUAUUUACAAUGACAGGCACCCAAUCAAAUGCAACAACGCAUACAUCGACGCCAUGUUGCAAGCUUUGGUAGACGGCCACUACGCCAAGUCCGCGGCUAUCAAAUCGCUACGGAUCGUCAACCUGCCGCCGCACAACUCUGUCUUUUUCGACUCUGCAAACUGGCAUCGUUUUCUGGGUGGCCUGAACCAUCUCGACCUUGGUCUGUAUGGCUGGGGCGACAGGGUAGGCCCCACGACCAUCAACAGGCAAGCAUGUUAUCUAGAUUUUGUGGCUGACCUCGAUAAAAUCAUCUUCAACCAUCUACCUCGGGUCACGAAGCUGGGAUUUCACAUCACCGAGCAUGCGCCCCUGGACGAGCCCCUGCCUUGGAAACCAACGGCCACGCCGCUUCUGGAGGAGCUGGAGCUCACCAACGUCGAUGUCAAUGCCAAUCUGCUUGCGUUCUUGACGUCAUGGAGCAAAACCGCAAAUCGGCCAUUGUCCCUGAUCCUAAACAGCGCAGCCGCAGAUUCUCAGCUCCGCUGGGGCGACCCCGAGUAUUUGACGUGGGAAGCCUUUUUCGACGGUCUUGUAGAGGAAGAUGUCAGGUUUUCCAAAUUCGAGGGGACGAUGAGGCAGGUCAAGAUGACAGAUGCGAGACCCGAUUUCACCGACAGAAUGGCUGCCAACCCCCGCCUCCUGGUGUUUUCGUACGGCCAGCUCGACGACAAAUAUCGAGACUGGAUGGAUGACCCGGAGAUGACGAUGGACGCCUUCCUUCUUGGACGUGAUCAGGCUUCUUACGAGAGGUUCAUGGCCAAGGUGGGUCACAAAAGGGAAUAAAUGGCCUUUGUGAUCUUUGUUGAUUAACUGUUGGACUGUGGUAGAAUUGGAAAACAAAAUCUUAUAACCAGGGUUGAAAAUUCAAAAUUACACCCCCCCCAACAAUAGCGUGCCCCAUGUUCACCGAAAACUACAAACAAAACGCCCCAGUCCCCUACCUAUCAAGACACGUCUAAUCAAAAUCAACGAUGGUUGUAAUCGGGAUAAACGAGGUCGACGUGCCCGUGGACACCGUGGGGCUCGCCGUGACCGUGGCCGGACCCGUCUCCACGAGGUUGUACGCGUAGCUUUCCCACAGGCCGACGCUGACGAAGCCACAAAACGCAAGAGCGGUCGUGAACGGCGCCGUGCUCACCUGGCAGGUGGCAGACACGUCGUUGGGGGGCGCGAUGCUCGAAUCCUGCUGGACGGCGAUGAAGAACAUCUGGCACCCGGGCGACGAGUCGCAAUACGCCUGGCACGCGGGCACGGCGGCGGCCCUGUAGUCGCCACUGGGGCCCAGGUUGGACACGGGGAUGCUGAUGCCCGUCGCGAGGCCCCGGUAGCUGCAGCCGGGAAAGUGGCUGAAUACUUGCGUGUACUGCCUGACGGUGCUGGCGGUGGCGGAUGGGGCGGACGAUGAUGUGGCCGUCGAGGAGGAGGAGGCGGUGCUGCUGGCCGUCUGGGUGCUUGAUGGAGUAGAGGAGCUGGCGGACGUGGAGGUGGCGUCGUCGGAUAUCGUUGUCACGGUAACGGUAGGAAGGCCCUGUGUGCUGGUUGUGCUUGUAGACGUUGAAGUUGACGACGAGCUGGACGAAGCGCUGGAUGAAGUCGAGGAAGAAGAGGACGAAGAGCUAGUGGUGGUGGUUACAGACGUCGACGAUGUCGAAGAACCAGAGGUGGUGGUAGUUGACGACGUUGUAAGACUGGUUACCGAGCUAGAGGUGGUUGAAGACGUCGUCGUGCGGCUCGUGGUCAGAGUGGAGCUAGUCGACGAGCCCCCAACAGUUGCAGACCUCGAGGUCGACGACGUCGAAACGCCAUCGCAGGUCCCAAAGAGGGACUGGCAACCAGCGCCGCAGUAGUCCUUGCUGCUGCCACACCAGCCAUGGCUGCUGCAGCAAUUGCCCCACUUGGAGCCCUGGCAGGUGACGCCGUUGCCGCACGUGGCGUCCUGGCUGACCUUUGGCCCUGGAGAGGGGGGAGGGUUGGCAGUGGUCGUCUUGCAGGUGCCGUAGCCGGAUUGACAGCCAGUGCCGCAGUAAGCGUCAGACUACACCACCCGACGGUUACGUAGUUAGCUUUCGAUUUUUUUAAUAUAUAUUUAUUUUCCAG